UUAAUUUACUGCGAGGGGCAAGAUGGCUCAAGUAGUUGGAGCGCGAAUUUACUGUUUAGAAAGUCCGUGGUUCGAACCCGACCUCCGCCUCUCGACUUCCCCUGUCUGGGCUUGUUUAACCUGGCAGUAUCCCAGCCCUCAUGCUUCCUUCGGGUGCGACACGUGAUAAAAUUACCUCGCAGUUCAGCGACCCACGCUAGGAUUCGAAAUGAUUCAACCUUCUACUAUCUGUGUCCGAGGACCUAUAGAUUUUCUGAUCUUUUUGCUGACCUGGCAAGAAGUCAAGUUUGUUCACAGCUGAAACGCACGCGACAGAAUAUAAACUCCGAUUUGCAGCUCUGCCCUACCCCGCGGGCUAGUGCUACGGUGGCCAUGGCGAAUUUUGACUUGCGCGCUACAGUGAACACUGCCGACGCGCGCUGUCAACUGGACUGUCAGUUGAAUGUCUUAUCAGCUCUGUGGCUACCAGGUUCACCGGAAUUCUGCCCAGUCAGUCAAAAGGAUGAACUGCAGAAGGCUACAGUUGGGAUGGACAAGGCUUGGGUAGCCUGCCAGUAUCCCAGCCCUCCUCCUUCCUCUGGGUGGCAUGGUCCCUGUCUAGGCUUGGGUAGCCUGCCAGUAGCCCUGCCCUCCUCCUUCCUCUGGGUGGCAUGGCAUGUUACAGCUGAACGAUUUUUCCCUGAUCUAAGUGUUCAGACAUACUCGGAUUCAGUGGCUCCUUAG